ACAUACUCAACAUGGCGGCUGUAGUUGGUGUACAUUUAGGGAAUACCAGCGCAUCGUUAGCUAUCCACAAGGCUGGAAGAACGGAUAUUAUAGCGAAUGAUGCUGGGGACAGAGUCACUCCAGCUCUCGUCGCGUAUUCUGGAAAAGACAAGGCAAUUGGUCUUCCUGCCAAGCAAGGGCUUAUUCGCAAUUCAAAGAAUACUAUGGCAAGAGCAUGUAAAAUCAUUGGAUUGAAGUUUUCUGAUGAUUCAGUUCAACAAGAGGUUCAAGAUUCUGAUUGUAAGAUUGUUGAUAAAGAUGGAAAGCCCUUUUAUGAAGUCCAGCUGAAUGAAAAAACCACUCUAUUUUCUCCCAAAGAAGUUGUCAAGAUCAUUUUCGAGAAACUUUUAAAAAUUUCUCAGGCUAAUGGUGGAAAUGACAUCGAAGAAGCUGUUAUCACUACACCUUUACACUUUACCCAUGAACAGAAAACAGAGAUCAGAGAGGCUGCAGAAGAUGCUGGCUUUGAUGUGCUUCGUGUUAUAAGUCAACCCGCGGCAGCAGCACUGGCCUAUGAAAUUGGACAAAAUGAUCGUACUUCAUCAAGAAGUCUGGUUGUCUACAGUCUUGGUGGAACAACACUUGAUGUCACUGUUUUGGUUGUCAAUGGUGGAAUGUACAGAGUGGCAGCGACAGAAAGCGACACAACUUUGGGUGGAAGAAAAUUUGAUGAGUUACUUGCACAUCAUCUAGCUGCAGAGUUUCAAAGACAGUGGAAACUAGAUGUCAGAAGUAAUACCAGAGCCAUGGCCAAACUAAGGGCCAGUGCUGAAAACUGUAAACAUAUUCUGUCAUCCAGGGAUACAGCAACCUGUGCUAUUGAGUCCCUCUGUGAAGGGAUUGACAUGAACACCAAAGUAUCAAGAGCUCGGUUUGAAUCCCUCUGUUUGAGUUUAUUCCAGCAGAGUCUUUCCUCCAUUGACAGAGUUCUUUCCACAGCAGAUAUCGCAAGAAACAACAUAGAUCAGGUUGUUUUGGUCGGUGGCUCCACUCGUAUUCCCAAAAUCAAGCAACUUGUUCAGGAGUAUUUUGCGGAAAAAGAAGUUUGUCAAACAAUUGAUCCAGACAGUGUGUUGGCAUAUGGCGCUGCUAUUCAGGCGUCUUUACUUCAAGGAAGAGAAGAACAACUAAAUGAUACCAUAGAGGCGGAAUGCACGUCAAAGGCAAUCAGUGUGAUGCUCGAAGAAGCAGAGGCCUGUCUGUGUCCAAUUAUUCCCAAGUACUCUCCCAUACCCUUACGAAAAACACACAACUUUACAACCUCUGUAGACAAUCAGGAGAGUGUUUGUUUAUCUGUAUAUGAAGAGGAUCAUGACAUGGCUAACAAUGCUGGAAAGACUCUUGUAGCUAAGGUAGUUCUUGAAGAUAUACCACCGAUGGCCAAAGGUCAAGCAGAAAUUAUAGGGACCUUUCACAUCAGAAGAGAUGGAUCUUUGCACAUUGAUUUGAUGGAAAAAACAUCCGAGAAGUCUGCUGACAUCAAUGUUGACUGCUACUCUUGAUGAGGUCGUACGUGACAAAAUUCAAUAAAACUCCAUUAUCUUUUUA